CUGUGUUUGAGCGGGGGGAUUUUGAUAACAUGCAUCCACUAGUGAAAGCCCUCAAACAUCCAGAAACCACCAUUCUUAGACUCCUUCAUGAACAUUUAACCAUCACCCGCAUCUCCAAUCUUCCUGCCUACCUUAUGCUGGAACUAGGUCACCUGACCAGUACAUUAGUUCCUGCAAGAACUUGCUCUCUUUUGUGUCUUGUAGACUCAGACUGGCCUGUAGCUGGGGCAGAAUAUUUGCUGAAACAUGGUGUCUCGCCCAAUUCAAUGGAUACUGAUGAUGAACUUGCACCUUUAUUGGUGGCCUUGUGGACAAAUAAUGUUCCAUUGUUUCAGCUACUGCUCCGUCAUGGAUCAUCUCCAAAUGUCUACCAUAAAAAUGUGACUGGCAACGUUGCUAUGCUCCUGGCCUUUCAGAAAGACCUAGAACGUGACCUUACAGCAAUGAUUGUACGCAACUCUAGGCAGCCCAACUUCCAAAUUUUUUACAUCUGGCAGCUUUUCUUGGCAGGGGCCGAGUCUCACUCAUUGUUUGAUCUCAGUGACCCAAUCAAUGGAGAAAACUCUGGCAGUCCAGCAAUUACAAACUUAUUUGGCCUCAUGUUUCACAUGUUUCAUCGUAAAGAGAACCUUGUCCCCGUUCUGGCAUUGCUAAUGUGUAUCAGUGACCAUGCCAGCCUUCCUCGUCACAUCCUUGCACAGUUUGAGCCUAGUCAGCGCAAAGUGUUACAGAAUAUUUCUAGUAAGUUUCAUUUUAAAAUGUUGCUUAUAGUCUGGUAAAUUCUUAAGGUAAAUUUUUAAGGUGGAACAAGCUGUCAAUUUUUAUAGGUAUUGUAACAUAAAUUAUAAAGUAAUCAAGAACAAACAUAUUAAUAUGACAUUGAGAAUGUUAAAAAUAUGUUGUUAAAAUACUGAAACUAUUCAUACAACCAACAACUAAUCUGAUUUUUAUGAAAAUUCAAAGUAAUUUCUGCAACAUUUUCUGCUCCAGACAAUUUCUGCUGUCUCAAGAACUUAUCAUUUGUUGGUGGUGUGAUUGAAUAAUUAAAUUCAUAUGAACAUCCUUAAUACUGGGUUGAUUUAAGAUUCUCUCUUUCAUACCAUCACUGUAAUGAAAUUCAAAGAUUGACCUAACCGUAUGGCUGCAUAUAAUUAAUCCUGCAUUAAAUUAAGCUUAGUCCAAGGAUAUAGCCUCCAAGAAACAACAAAACAUUAAUAAUGAAACAUAUGAGUUAAACUGGAAGUUGUCUACGUUCUGUGUUAAAAAAAUAUUUAUCAUGCUACAUAUGGAUCUUAAUUUGUUCUUGGUUGCAACAUAAUAUUCAUCUGAAUAGGAAAAAGUAAUGCAUGUACUGUUUGGUAAAAACUAAUAGCAUAUUCAGUCCAGCCAUAGUAAAUAAAAUUUUAAUUUGCUGAAGAAAACAAAAUGUAAAAAAAAAAAAAUACAUCCAAAAUUUAGAUUUCAAAACAAUUUCUUUCGUAUAUUAUAUGUAACAUUCUGUGGAAGUUGUACUAUUUUUUUUUUACUGUCAACCUCUGUGUUAAUUUUCUAAAUUAACAAGGAAAUGUCUAAAAUUUAAUCUGUUCUAAGAUUUGGCUUGUGUGUUGAACAAUAUGUAACAAAGACAGAAAACCAGUAUACAAAGAGAAACAAUACCAAAGCUAGUGUUAUUAACAAUAUUAAAAUUAAUUGUACUGUAUAUAAAUAUGUAUAUAAAAAUACAAAAUCGAAUAGACAGAAAUAAAAAAUAUAUCAACUUAUAGCACAGCAAAUGAAAAUGUACAAUCCUUGAAAGCUACAAAUAUUAAUUUAUUUUAUGAACCCACAUAAAGAGUAAAAUCUUGUAAGUUAUUAUGUCUGGUAAAUGUCUAGGAAAAUUAGCCAAAAUCUCUCUCGGCUAGGAAAGCUGCUAGCGUAUAUUUUUGGGCAGUAAUUGAGAAACAUCCAGAAAAUAAUUUCUAGAAAUUGCGCCACCUGAUAGCAUUCUUUAGAAAAAAAUAAAACGUAAACAACUUUUUCCCAAUCAAGGGAAGGGUGGGCUGGGUAUAGCCCUACAUAUUUAAGCGGUGACGUCAAAAUCAAACCAAAAAUUAGAGAGAGGUGGUGGAACACUUUAGCUCUACAUUGAAGUAAAAAAUUAGGUGAAGACAUGGGCUAUAGUUUAACACAUCCCAGAACACUAUUCUUUACCAUUCAUCCCAAUAUCAACCGACAGUGUAUUUAUUAAUCAAUAAACAGUAUCUUCAUGUUUUAUCUUAAAAGACAUUUGUAAAAGCCCCAGAAAAAUAAUAAGUUUCAGCCUUGAAAAAGUUGAAAAGUAAAAGCAGUCAGGUAAAAUGAGCAAUCAAUUGUUGCACAUUGUGCUAUCCAAUGCAGGAGGAACUAAUUUCAAAUUAAACUAUUUCAAGAUUUUUAAGACUCUGUGCUGUUAUUAAUUGGACUAAAAUAUUGCACUCCUAAAUUUUCAAAAUUUACUCUCUUUAUUCUUUGAAAGGGAAAUUUUAAACUCAGGAUUUUUUUUUAAAAUAAAGGGGAAAAAAAACGGGAACUUUCACUGAUAGCUUAAAAUUUUGUAAAUUGUUUCAAGCAUUAAUUAUUUUUGUGAUCUUAUAUUGCUAGACUCUUAUUUGCUUAAAUUGGUAGUGCUUUGUUAUAUGCUCCUCAGUAAAAACCAACCUGCUGUCCCAUCGUUGUCGCCGUGUUGUGGUGCACAAGUUGGGCAAGGAGAAUAGAUAUUGCCGUUCUGCCAUGGAGCACCUCAAGAUACCACAUGUGUUGCAUGAUUACCUAAUGUUUUCUGAGCUGGAGCCACCACUCCAAGAGAUGAUACUUAAAUUUAUAACAGUCAGCUCAGAUGACCAGGUUCAUUAAAGGUCACUUCAGAUUACUAAAGUAAUUAAUGAGGUUAUGUUUCAGACAUGACUAAAACUUGUUACAUCAUUGUCAUCUGAUAUUUGGACUCUUAAAUGGCUGU